CUCCCAAAGCAGACUACUUUUCUCUCUCUCUCUCUCUCUCUCUCUCUCUCUCUUAAGUCUUUCACCAUGGAAAAUCUUUCUCCUAAGAAAAACAACAUAGAUACCAACAGUUCCUCCCUCAACGUGGAGGAGGCUGCACAACCGGAACCCAGCCCUCUUCGAAAGAUGAUCGCUGUGGCAUCCAUCGCCGCCGGGAUACAAUUCGGGUGGGCCCUACAACUCUCCUUAUUAACCCCAUACGUCCAGCUGCUCGGCGUGCCACAUAAAUGGGCCGCCUUCAUCUGGCUUUGCGGCCCAAUCUCCGGCCUGCUUGUCCAGCCCAUCGUUGGUUACUGCAGCGACCGUUGCACUUCCCGUUUCGGCCGCCGCCGUCCCUUCAUCUUAUCCGGCGCACUCGCCGUCGCAAUCGCCGUCUUCCUAAUCGGCUAUGCCGCCGACCUCGGCCACUCAUUCGGCGACGACCUCACCAAAAAAACCCGCCCCCGCGCCGUCGCCAUCUUCGUCACCGGCUUCUGGAUCCUCGACGUGGCCAACAACAUGUUACAGGGACCCUGCCGUGCUUUCCUCGGCGACCUCGCCGCCGGCGACCACCGGAAAACCAGAACCGCAAACGCCUUCUUCUCCUUCUUCAUGGCCAUAGGCAACGUCCUUGGCUACGCCGCCGGAUCCUACAGCCACCUCCACAAAAUCUUCCCCUUCACCGAAACCAAAGCCUGUGAUGUCUUCUGUGCUAAUCUCAAGAGUUGUUUCUUCUUCUCAAUCUUUCUCCUCCUCGUCCUCACAAUAAUCGUGCUUACUUACGUAAAAGAUCGCCCGAUUAUUAAAACAUCAGGCGGUGGUAAUGACAACGAGAACGAGGAAUCGGCGAUUUCAUGCUUUGGGCAGUUAUUCGGUGCGUUUAAGGAACUUAAAAAACCGAUGUGGAUGCUGAUGGCGGUUACGGCUUUGAACUGGAUUGCGUGGUUCCCUUUUUUCUUGUUCGACACUGAUUGGAUGGGUCGUGAGGUGUACGGUGGUAAGGUGGGGGAGAGAGCAUACGAUGCGGGUGUGCGCGCGGGUGCAUUGGGGCUCAUGCUUAAUUCGGUUGUUUUGGGUUUGGUGUCGUUGGUACUUGAACCGUUGGGUCGUUUGGUUGGGGGAGUUAAGAGGCUUUGGGGGAUGGUUAACUUGGUUCUCGCUGUUUGUUUGGCAAUGACGGUCCUUAUUACUAAGGCUGCUGAACACGAAAGGCAUGUAAGCGGUGCCGCUGCCGUGGGGGCACCAUCCCACGGUGUCAAAGCUGCGGCGUUGAUUUUCUUCUCCGCUCUCGGGAUCCCUCUUGCGAUUACUUACAGCGUCCCUUUCGCUCUAGCCUCGAUUUAUUCCAGCACUUCAGGGGCAGGCCAAGGUUUAUCUCUUGGACUUCUCAAUAUUUCAAUUGUGGUACCACAGAUGCUGGUGUCGGCAAUAAGUGGACCAUGGGAUGCUUUAUUUGGCGGUGGCAACUUACCGGCAUUCGUGGUAGGUGCUGUGGCGGCUGCCGUUAGUGCCAUAUUGGCAAUUGUCUUGCUGCCUACUCCAAAGCCCGCUGAUGUGGCCAAGGCUUCAGCCACCACUCAAGGGGGUUUCCAUUAAUUAAUGGAGCUUUUUACAUGUUUCAUUUUUGUCUCCGCUUUUAUAUGAAAAAAAGAUUGAACCUUGUGAUUCGAAGAUGGUGUGUUAAGUUAUUAAGACCCUACGAAAGCUACAAUUGCCGUUUUUGUGGCCCGCAUGUGUAACUAAGAACAAUCGCAUCACUUGUAAAGUUUGGUGUCCUUGUACACAACGCUGUGCUUAGACGAAUGUUUUAAGGAUGCUUUGUUCAUCCAUUGAUAAUGAUAUAUGUGGUGG